GAAAGCAUCAACGGAUUCGUCUUUCAAAUUGGUUUUAUUGUGUCUUGAUGCCCACUGUUUCUACCGAGUUCGGGAUUAUUAUACCGUUUAGUAUCUAGUUCUAGAGGCGUACCGCACCAGCUGAAGCAAGAGUUUAUCGAUAGUUCUCUUCCUCUUUGAUCUGCGUCUGCUGCUGAUCCAAGAAAGAUAGCGUCGAGGUUUCAAACAUAUUAUCAGUAGUUUCCCUUUCCGUUUCUUUGUUGCUAUAAUUAAUUAAGCGCGAAACAGAGCCACAGACUAAGCUCUUCUUCGUCUUCGCUGUGAGAAUCUGGAGAGCACUCAUAGACACAUACAAUUUGCAAUCUCCAAGGCUCACACACAGCUACGUACAGUCAGUCUCGGCAAGUUGUAAUUUGAACAUGUUCUCGUCGAACCGAGAGCGCCGGGUCGUGCCUGCGCGUGCAGGUGCUACCGCGGCAAUGGUGCUGUUGCUCUCUUCCAAGGCAACCGUCAAUGUUGCCGCCGACACGAUGGAGAAAAGAAGUUCAACAGUGAAGAAAUACACCCUGACGAAAAAGAAGUACAUGAAUGAGUACAAGGUCAUGCCGGGGCACACCAAAAAGGAGCAUAUCAUCUCGGACCGCACACACAUGCAGCUGAAAGCAACCGAGCUUCCGGCAGAGCUGAACUGGGCCGAUUAUGCACGGGGAAGACUGCGCUAGUGUACCUACUAGUUUUCUUUGCCUGCAGCUGCAGCUGUGAAGAUGAUGAAGAUCACAGCACUUUUUACAAGUGGGCCGCGCUCGAAAUUGAACUUGUACAACUUCGUGCGCCUGUGCAGUUGGAGUUUAGGCUAGUACCUGAAGAAAGCGCAGAAAAAAAUGAAAAUAGGGGCGCGCUUCCAGAUGAAUGACACCACCUUUAAGCGGUGUUUAAAGAACGCCUUCGCAAUUUUUUUUUGUUGCGAAACUGCUACACAUGGAUAAUCAUGGUACACCAGACGAGUUAUUUUUUCUUGCAUACCGACGUGAAGGGAAAGAGCCUGCUGACAAAGAAUCUGAACCAACACAUUCCGCAGUAUUGUGGUAAGUAUACUAGUCUUCGUUUUUUUAACUUUAAUACGUGAAGAUCCUGUUCCUGAAGAUCCUGAGUGACUGAAUGAUUAUCUCCUCAGCACAGGUCGUGUCCGCACCUAGUAGGAAUAUUUAUAGAAAAGCAACACUACGAAACGCAAACGACGACAUGGACAUCAUGAUCCUGAUAUCAAAUAAAGGUUCCUGCUGGGCCCACGGUGCAAUCUCAGCGCUCUCGGACCGCAUUAAAAUCGCACGAAAGGGGAAGAGCCCGGACAUCAACCUGUCGGUACAGCAUAUCCCACGAAAAAACUGUUUCACUGUGAUGAUCUUGCAAGAUCUGUAUCACAAGUUUGUUACACAUGACACAGAGAAUUUGCCAUGCGCGCUUCCAAAGGGAAAACACCGCUAAAGAGUCGAGGUCUUGCAGGUGUGGCAAGACAAAUAGUUCUGUCUUCCAUUCUAUGCAUCACAAGUUCACAGCGAAGCAGUUUUUUCUUGCGAUACAGCACGUGUUGAAUUGCGGUGGCGAGGUCGCCGGAAGCUGUUACGGAGGAUCGCAGUCCGGAGCUUACCAGUGGAUCCAUGAUAACGGGUAAAUUGUCUAUACUGCAGCCUUUUUUAGACCCAUGUUGAUCGUGAGGUCUUGCUUGCUGUCUGCUAUUCUUGCUCCCCGCUUUACCGGCAUUGAUCGCCGUGCAUACUUCUGCAUGUCUACGAUUCUACUUAGCGGUAAUACUAACAGUUGCUCCACUUGCACUAGCUAGAUGGGAACUAAGCUGCACCUCUUCGUUCUUUGUCUCAGAUACUUACACAUGACGCACCGUCUUCUACUUUUUCGAGCACACAUACUGGAAAAUAUCCGGAAAACUACCCCUGCAGUUUCGUCGCCUACGACAGUGGGAACCCCUACCUUGCCUGCUCUUCCGAUAGCAAGAACGGCAUUUGCGUGCACGCCGAUUUCACUUGCACGGCCAAGAACGUCGCGAGAACUUGCUCUGUAUCCAUUCUGCAAAUUUCAAUUUAGCGACGUAGUACUACACAUAGCGUGCUAUAUGAAAAAUCCUUACCAUGAUGCGCCAGAACUAUCUUUCUUGCUUGAAACAUGCCAGCAAAGUCACGGCCACUUCUUGUGCUGUGCAGGGGGCGACAUUAACGUGGAAUGCAAGGCUGUAAAUAAAAAACCUAGUACAACAGCUGCAUGCGCUAUGUCGCUUAUGAUACCUACUUUUGCAGUGGAUACUAUACCUUUCCGGAGAUGGGCGGAAAGUGUGUGGGGUUGACCCAUUUUCCGAACGCGACUAUUGCGGAAUACGGCAUGGUGUCGGGUGUGGAAGACAUGAAGAAGGAGCUGAUGCGCGGGCCCUUGGCCUGUGGUAAGUGAACAACGUGAUGCAUAAAAUAAAGCUCGUUGUUUUUUCAUACUGAAACAGCACUAGCAGAUGCAUCGGAAGUACAACGUAGACGGGAGGUUUUACUUGUAUUCGUCACACUUCAUCACCAUUUGCUCUGACAUCGCUUUCGAUCUGAUCCAUCUUUCAAUCACUUUUAAGGUAUCGACGCCGACAACCUGCGUGACUAUCACAAGGGCGUUUUGGACAUUCCGGACGGCACGCGCAACAUCAAUCACGUGAUUUCGGUCAUUGGGUGGGGCAAAACCCCGGAGGGCAAGGAGUACUGGAUUGGUCGCAACAGCUGGGGCGAGUACUGGGGCGAGCUCGGGCACUUCCGCAUUGCCACCGGCGGGUCACAGGCGGGCAUCGAGGACGAGUGCUCCUGGGCGGUGCCGGGGUCCUGGACCGAGAACAACUUUCCGUGUGAGGAAGACGGCACGGGGUGCUUGGAAGAGGGCGACCAGGCGGGAACACCGGUACUCACCAAUCUGGUGGAGAAGAACGUGCUGAAGAAGAACAAGGUGCAAGCGGAACAAGCGCAGGAGGAGGUGUACAACUAG